AUGUUAACAGCCCGUACUGUCAUCAUGGUUCCUUACCUUCCCCUGGAGAUCAUGGAGAUGAUUUUCUCCAGUCUUGCCAGCCCGGAAGAUGGUAUCGGCUUCGCCCUAGCCUCAAAGUACACUUACGAUUGUUUCCUGUCUUUCUUGGAGCAGCGAAAGAUCGACAAAAAGCUCUCAAAGCUUCUGCCGAUUGAAGAGACUCUCCACCGUCAACCGUUUGGUGCUGUCGACGAACGUGGUCACCUUCCACGAAUCCGACUUCUUCCAUGUCUCCAGACCGAUCGUUUGAGAGCAUCCGGGACACAGGAUCUCCAAUCCACUGAUCAGUUCCAGAAUCGCGGUAGCCUGCCUCAUUCUCGUCACCCGAUGGUUAACGUCUGUCCCUGUAUCCGCAUAACUUUCGACGAAGCGAUACAUCUUCACCGUGGCCUAUCCAAAAAUGCCGGAUCGUGGAAUUCCUUUGUGAGACCUUUGCCUCCGAAUAGUCCUGCGGUACCUCUUUACACUCACGGCUCAGUUUUCUUUGAAUCCGAACACCAGUGCAGCUAUGUUAGCUCUCCUGACCCGGACAUGCCAAUCCAAACAAAGUUCACACUUGUCGAUGGAAAGCUGCACUUGGUAAACGUGAUAUUACUUGAUCGCGAUGCCUACAACUACUUGAUACCUCGGGCUUUGUACCCGCUUUACGCCAAGGAAUGCUUGCGUCAGAUUUUCAGUCAAAUGGGACUGGGCUUCUGGGGUCAACGAUAUGAUGACUGUGGUUUUUCUGGCUACGAGGUACAACUGGACGGCCGGUUCUUCUUGCAGAUUCUCAUUAUCAGAGAUUUGGGAGAUGAUGCCUGGCCGAAUAUGGACUGGGAACGGAAUUGUCAUGAGCGAGUGAGUUGUGACUGA